UGGGAGAAAUAGAAUUGAUUAGUGAAGAACCUCAGGAGGGAAAAACUGACCUGGAAGUUGAAAUUAAAGACGAAAAAGUUGGUUUUUAUUUGCGGGUUAAUAAAUUCCUAGAAAGAGAAUUCAAGAAGUUUUAUCGGAAGGCGAACGAAGUAAAAAAAGUUCUCGAAACUCAAAAAGAAAAAUAUUUGGCUCAUUUAGCCGAAAUAGGCUUUAAGGACUACUUUACCGACCAAGCCCGUUGGUUAUUUUCCGACCAAAAAGAUUUAAAGACGAUUGCCUUAAAAAUGGCCAGCGGAGAAAUAGACCUUGAUGAUUACACGGAAGGACGAAGCAAACAAAUUGAAAUGGCCUUAACGGGUGGCAAAAAAUUUGACGAACUAGAACAAACUGGAGUUGAUCGACUUCCAAAGAGCCGUGGAAAAAGAUUGAGCCGAAUUGAAAGAUCGACAUUGGAAAGCCUAGAAAGUCAGGAAGAAAUAGUUAACCGCUUGAGCCAAGAAUAUUUUGGCUCUUUACCUAAAACUACCCAAGUAGAGUUAGCAGAUAUUAUCAAGGCCGUGCAAGAGAAUGAGUUUUAUCGACAAGUAGUUAAAGCCCAAAAAGAGACUUUUUCUGCUGAUAAGUUAUAUGACAACUGUGACCACUGCCUAGAAGCCGGAAGUCUUGCCCCUUUCAAGAGAGGGGGAGAUUUUUCCCCUUCGACCAGCCUAAUAUCGCCGAGUGGAGCAGUGGCAGCUCAGUUGGUUUCUAACCAAAAUGCAGAGAAAAUAUCCCAAUUUAUUUACACGAAACCAGAAAGGGACAAUUUUAUAUUUCCUUUCGACAUGAGGGAAGACAUUACCGGGCCUUUUUUUACGAAUUUCCAGCCGGAGAUGCUAGCAAUUCUUGAACUAAAAGGAAAGGGGAGCUGCACAGAAACAAUUACUAGCAAAAUCUCAAAGAAAGCAAUAUCCAAACUCCUUUGGAACCUUUCAACCCUCGGAGUUGACAUUGAUAAGAAUUCUACGGCUAGUUAUAAAGGAGUUGAUUUUUUAAAGGACGAAUUGUUCCAUCCUCCUAAGGAUAAGCAAAAGAAAAGAAUUGAGGACAGCAAACGUUUAUUCCCUUUUAAUGGAGCCAAACCUAAAUUAGCCCCAGAAGAUCUUUCUGAUCGAUUAGAUUUGAGUAGCCCGAUUAACACAGCUCAACAGGGCCAAACCCUUAACGAGCUCACCUUAUUAAAAACCGAUCGCUUAUACGAUGGUUUUGCUAGCACUGACAAAAUCUAUAAAGAAUUAGGCCGUUAUGCCGAAGAACUACAAGGAUUACUCAGUGAUGCCGAAAUCAAAGAAGCAGAAACGAAGUGGGAAAAACGUUGGGAACCCAUCUUCGAUUUACUAAUCGAAAAAGAUGGUGACCGGUAUAAUCUUUACCCCCAAGGUUUUCAAGAAGCCAAGGAUGUUGAGGAAGACGAUGAGCCGGAAAUAACCCUUACUAAAGGAGAGAAAACCCAAAUCGGUAACUUAACAGUUUUAAUCAAGGAUGGUUAUCUGCAACUCGGAACCACUAAGUAUGAGUUGAUUCCUCAUCCUCGCUGGGAAAAUUACUACGGUCUGGAUAUUAAUCCGGAAAGUUUAGGGAUCUUACAAGCUUAUUGCGAGGAAGUGCCCGUGCGAAUUCAAAUUGAAACGGGAAAAGAAAAUUAUGAGAAAAAUUAA